AUGGAGGGUCUCAUCCCUAUAGUAAACAGACUUCAAGAUGCCUUCAGCCAACUGGGUGUAUCCAUGUCAUUGGAUUUGCCACAGAUUGCCGUCAUUGGCGGUCAAUCAGCAGGCAAAUCUUCUGUGCUGGAGAACUUUGUUGGGCGAGAUUUCCUUCCUCGUGGCUCUGGCAUCGUCACCCGAAGACCGCUAGUGCUUCAGCUCAUCCAAUCAACCAUGGAAUACGGUGAAUUCUUGCACUGCCGAGGAAAAAAGUUUACCAACUUUGAGGAAAUUCGCAAGGAGAUCGAAGAUGAGACUGACCGCACUACCGGCUCCAACAAGGGCAUCUCACCGGUUCCAAUCAACCUGAGAGUGUACUCGCCCCAUGUUCUCAAUCUGACCCUCAUCGAUUUACCUGGCAUGACCAAGGUUCCAGUGGGUGAUCAGCCAGCUGACAUUGAACAACAAAUUCGCGACAUGCUCCUCACUUUUAUUAAACGCGAAAACUGCCUCAUUUUGGCUGUCACUAGCGCCAAUCAGGAUCUAGCAACAUCCGACGCUCUCAAGCUGGCCAAGGAAGUCGACCCUGAAGGUCUGAGAACUAUUGGCGUCAUUACAAAGCUCGAUCUAAUGGACGAAGGCACUGAUGCUCGGGAGAUCCUGGAGAACAAGCUCCUGCCGCUUCGACGAGGCUACAUUGGCGUUGUCAAUCGCUCGCAGCGCGACAUUGAGGGUCGCAAGGACAUCAAAGUUGCCCUUGACUCGGAGCGAAAGUUUUUCAUUUCUCAUCCUGGCUAUCGCCACAUGGCUGAUCGAAUGGGAACGCCGUAUCUGCAGCGAGUUCUCAAUCAACAACUCACCAAUCAUAUUCGCGACACACUGCCUGCUUUGCGAGACAAGUUGCAGAAGCAGUUGCUGCAGUUGGACAAGGAGGUGGAAGAGUACAAAAACUUUCGACCUGAUGAUCCAACGCGCAAGACCAAGGCGAUGCUGCAGAUGAUCCAGCAGCUACAGACUGACUUUGAGCGAAGCAUCGAGGGCUCAGGAUCGGCGGCAGUGAACACCUCUGAACUGUCUGGCGGUGCACGCAUCAACCGACUCUUUCACGAGCGCUUCCCAUUUGAGAUCGUCAAGAUGGAGUUUGAUGAGAAGGAACUUCGCCGCGAGAUCGCCUUUGCCAUUCGCAAUAUUCACGGUAUUCGAGUCGGUCUCUUCACCCCCGACAUGGCCUUUGAGGCGAUCGUCAAGAAGCAGAUUCAGAAGCUGCGCGAACCCUCCAUCAAGUGCGUCGACCUGGUCAUCAACGAGAUGGGCAACGUCGUCCGACGGUGCACCCAGAAGAUGGCCCGCUACCCUCGACUGCGUGAAGAGUGCGAGCGCAUCAUCAUGUCGCACGUGCGAGAGCGGGAGCAGAAAACCAAAGACCAGAUCAUGAUGCUCUGCGAUGUGGAGCUGGCCUACAUGAACACCAAUCACGAGGACUUUAUUGGCUUCUCCAAUGCCCAGCAGUCUGCGGACAACACGCAGAAGCGGAAGCUAGGCAACCAGGUCAUUCGCAAGGGCUACAUGUGCAUUCACAACCUCGGCAUCAUGAAAGGCGGCUCUCGCGAUUACUGGUUCGUCUUGACGAGCGAGUCCCUUUCCUGGUUCAAGGAUGAGGAGGAGAAGGACAAGAAGUACAUGCUUUCAUUGGAUGGUCUCAAAAUUAAGGAUAUGGAAUCUGGCUUCAUGUCUCGUCGACACUUGUUUGCAAUCUUCAAUCCUGAUCAAAGAAACGUCUACAAGGAUUACAAGCAACUGGAGCUGUCGUGCGAAUCACAGGAGGACGUGGACUCGUGGAAGGCCUCCUUCCUGCGAGCUGGUGUGUACCCGGAGCGGAGCAGCGAUACCAGCACUUCCAAUGGAGGUGAAGAUGGAGGCUCCGACGCCGGUGUAUCUAGUCUUGAUCCUCAGCUCGAGCGACAGGUGGAGACCAUUCGCAACCUGGUCGAUUCCUACAUGAAGAUUGUCACCAAGACAUAUCGAGACCUUGUUCCGAAAAUAGUCAUGCACUUAAUGAUUAAUGAAUCAAAGGAUUUCAUCUACGGGGAACUUCUGGCUCAGCUGUAUGCUGCCGGCGACCAGAACCAAAUGAUGGAGGAGUCUCCCGAAGAGGAGAGAAAGAGAGAGGAGAUGCUGCGAAUGUAUCACGCCUGCAAAGAGGCACUCUCCAUCAUCGGCGACGUUUCCAUGCAGACGAGCUACCAGCCCGCUCCCCCUCCAAUCAAGGACGACUGGCAGUUCCGCAACUCUGCUCCGUCGCCCACGCCAAUGGCUAGCAACUCGAUGGCCAGCAAGCCACUUCCGCCGUCAAACGUUUCCAACAGUCGACCAAUGCCGCCACCGGCUUCCAAUCCAAGUCGCGGCGCUCCACCGCCACCUGGUCGCCCUGCACCAAACGUUCCCGGUCGUGGCGCAGCUCCGCCUCCUGUUCGUCCGGGCGGACUCCCACCCCCUCUGAUUCCCACGUAA